AUGAAGCAUGAGAAGAGGCCGCAGACCGUCGGCUUUAUUGCCUCUCAGGAACACGUGAGGCAUAAGGACACCCCUGCUAGCUUGUCUCUCGUGUUCGAGGAGUCCUCGAGCGGUCGUCCUCGAUUAUCAAGACAGCAAAAUGCAACAAGACAGCAACAGUAUCAAGACAGCAACAGCAACAAGACAGCAACAGUAUCAAGACAGCAACAGCAACAAGACAGCACAGUAUCAAGACAGAAACAGUAUCAAGACAGCAACAGCAACAAGACAGCAACAGUAUCAAGACAGCAACAGCAACAAAGACAGCAACAGUAUCAAGACAGAAACAGUAUCAAGACAGCAACAGCAACAAAGACAGCAACAGUAUCAAGACAGCAACAAAGCAACAAGACAGCAACAGUAUCAAGACAGCAACAGCAACAAGACAGCAACAGUAUCAAGACAGCAACAGCAACAAGACAGCAACAGUAUCAAGACAGCAACAGCAACAAGACAGCAACAGUAUCAAGACAGCAACAAAACAGGCAACAGUAUCAAGACAGUAACAGCAACAAGAUAGCCAGAAUAAGACAGCAAGAGAAACAAGACAGCAACAAGACAGCAACAGUACAAGACAAGAAACAGUAUCAAGACAGCAACAGCAACAAACAGCAACAGUAUCAAGACAGCAACAGUAUCAAAACAGCAACAGUAUCAAGACAGAAACAGUAUCAAGACAGCAACAGCAACAAGACAGCAACAGUAUCAAGACAGCAACAGUAUCAAACAGCAACAGUAUCAAGACAGCAACAAGACAGCAACAGUGUCAAGACAGCAACAAUAUCAAGACAGCAACAAGACAGCAGCAACAGUAUCAAGACAGCAACAGUAUCAGACAGCAAAAGUAUCAAGACAACAACAGAAACAAAACAGUAA